GCCCCUUCCAGCUUCCCCUCCUUCUCGUGCCUCCCAGAACGUUCCAAGACGCCGUUGUCCCGCACGCGUUGUCAAAAUGAUGGGCCAACAGGUUUUAGUGCUCAAUCAAAAUAUAAAAAGAGAGUCUGGACGCAAGGUACAGACUGGCAACAUUAACGCUGCUAAGACCAUAGCAGAUGUCAUCAGGACUUGCCUUGGCCCCCGGGCCAUGAUGAAGAUGCUGUUGGAUCCAAUGGGAGGAAUUGUGAUGACCAACGAUGGCAACGCCAUUCUGAGAGAGAUCCAGGUUCAGCACCCUGCUGCCAAGUCUAUGAUUGAGAUCAGUCGCACCCAGGAUGAGGAGGUGGGAGACGGGACCACAUCAGUCAUUAUCCUGGCCGGGGAGAUGUUGUCAGUUGCGGAGCAGUUUCUGGAGCAGCAGAUGCACCCCACCAUCAUCAUCAGUGCCUACAGACAGGCUCUGGAGGACAUGGUGGACGCACUCAAAGACGCCAGUACUCCAGUGGACCCCAAUGAUCGCAACAUGAUGCUGAAAAUAAUUAACUCGGCCAUCAACACCAAGGCACUGAGCCGCUGGUCCGAGCUGGCCUGUAACAUCGCCCUGGACGCCGUGAAGACUGUGGAGCUGGAGGAGAAUGGACGCAAGGAGAUCGACAUCAAGAAGUACGCCAAGGUGGAAAAGGUCCCGGGCGGUAUCAUUGAGGACUCGUGUGUGUUGCGGGGGGUGAUGGUGAAUAAGGACGUGACCCAUCCCAGAAUGAGACGAAUGAUCAAGGAACCUCGCAUCAUUCUUCUGGACUGUUCACUGGAAUACAAGAAAGGAGAGAGCCAGACAGAUAUAGAGAUCAGCAGAGAGGAAGACUUCGCCAGGAUUCUGCAAAUGGAGGAAGAGUACAUCCAGCAGAUCUGUGAGGACAUCAUCAGACUGAAACCUGACCUGGUCUUUACAGAGAAGGGGAUAUCAGAUCUUGCACAGCACUAUCUGAUGAAGGCUAACAUCACAGCCAUACGCCGUGUCAGGAAGACUGACAACAACCGCAUCGCAAGGGCAUGUGGGGCUCGUAUUGCCAGCCGUACAGAUGAGCUGCGUGAGGAAGACGUUGGUACAGGUGCGGGGCUGUUCGAGGUGAAGAAGAUUGGUGAUGAGUAUUUUGCCUUUGUCACGGAGUGUAAAGACCCCAAAGCAUGCACCAUCCUCCUGAGAGGAGCCAGCAAGGAGAUCCUGGCGGAGGUAGAGAGGAACCUGCAGGAUGCCAUGCAGGUGUGUCGUAAUGUGCUAUUGGACCCGUUCCUCCUGCCAGGCGGGGGUGCUGUAGAGAUGGCGGUGUCUAAACGUCUGACGGAGCGCUCCAGGGCUCUGACGGGGGUCGAACAGUGGCCGUACCGUGCUGUGGCCCAGGCCCUGGAGGUUAUCCCCAGAACCCUGAUCCAGAACUGUGGAGCCUCCACCAUCAGGGUUCUAACCUCACUGAGGGCCAAACACACUCAGGAAAACAGCACCUCCUGGGGGGUGAACGGCGAGACAGGCACGCUAGAAGACAUGACAGCCCUGGGCAUCUGGGAGCCUCUGGCUGUCAAAGCCCAGACGUACAAGACCGCUGUGGAGACGGCCAUCUUGCUGCUGCGUAUUGAUGACAUUGUCUCUGGUCACAAGAAGAAGAAAGGCGAUGAUGAGCAGAUGGGCAGAGGGCAGGGAGCGGAGUAGAGGGUUAGGAAGGCGGAGAGAGGGGAGCGAUGGAACAAUGGGAGGAAGAGGACUAAAGGAAAGUUAAACACUCCCACUAGUUCUGAUUCAAUUUAAAGCUGAAACACACACACACAUACACUACUGGUACUGGACUGGUGUGUGUGUGUGUGUGUGUGUGCGUGCGUGCGUGUCUGUGUGUGUGUGUGUGUGUGUGUGUUUAUGUGUGUGAGGGAAAGAGGGAGAGUGAUGUGCUCGUGGGACCAGAAGUUAUUUAGCUAAUUGUUACUGGGCAGACUCCCAGUUUACUGGUAAUAAAUGAGUAGCAAAACCCAAUGUUUUUUGGUCAAACAGACUCUCCUUCUCUCAUGGACGAUUGGUUUGUUCUGUCUCACUUUGCUUCUCUAUGAUCCAGGCCAUCAGUAACUCGGCUCCUGAAUCAGCUGCUUCCUUAACUCCUAUAAAGCUCCAUUAAACUCUGUUUUGGAGCUGUUAGCGCUCCAGAGUAUUACUGUCAAUGACUAUUAUAACUUAAAGGACAAUGGGCUUCAGUCGUGCCAUGGAGAGUCUUGUGUAAAUUGGUUUUCCUUCUAACCCAUCACUACAGUAGCUGAUUUGACUGGUCAACUCACCUUCAACCAGCAGCUGGUCAAGUGUUGGAACGGAAAGAAAGAAAAGCUGCACACACGGUCCUUCACAGCACAUGAUUGAAGGCCAUUGAUAUAGGGGUUAUCAGAGGUUAAAGGUCAGAAAUAUUUGUAUGCGAAGUUUGUUCCAUUCAUUUGUCCAUUCCUCUCUCUCUCUUGUCUCACCCUCCCAAUCAGAAGUUGUGUUGCCCACUCUGUUCUGUUUCUGGAUGUCAAUAAAAUUAGGA